AUGGCCGACUUGGAACUACUGCAGCUCUCGUACGUAACGACCAAGCACCACAGCUUCAAGAGCUCCACCAAGGUAAAGCCCUCGAACAAGCGGUUCAAGCCCGCUCGGCAGCUCAUUUCCGAUGAAAUCAAAUACCUUCAAACCAAAAGCCUCAAGUUCGACACCCCAACCCUCACAUCAAUCACGGCUCCACCAACAUUAAAGCCCCUGAAAAAGUAUUGUGAUAUCACCGGCUUGGAGGGAAAAUACCGUAGUCCCUCGAAUAACUUGAGAUUUUACAACGUGGAAAUUUACCAGGAGGUGAUCAGACAUAUGCCUCCGGGUUUGGACCAAGAGUACUUGAGUUUGAGAGGGGCCAACGUCAUUUUGAAGUAA